AUGGCGCAGAACUUUGAGCCCGAGAUGACUCUGCUCGGGGCGCGCCACCAGAGCGGCACCGCGGCGGAGGAGGAGCUGGGGUACGCGCCGCUCGACGAGGUGAUCGUGCGGAUGGUGGAGCGAGGCAAGUCCUCGGAGCCGGCUUGCUUAGGCGCCAUCGUGCUGCUCGGCGGCACAACGCGCACUCGCGGAUUCAAGGAGUACCUCGAGUGGCGCCUCUCGAGCUGCUGGCAGCUCGCGCCCGAGUCGACCGAGGGGAUCGAGCGGGUCGCCGUGGCGCCGCUGCCGGACGGCAUCGAGCCCGACACGGCCGUCUGGCGGGGCGGCGCCAACCUGUCGUACCUCGAGGCGGCGCGCGGGAUGUGGGUGCUGCAGGCCGAUUGGCUGCGCAAGGGGCCGAUGGCGGCGAGGGCCGCCGCGGGUUUUGCGUGGUGA